AUGAACCGCACCAAACUUGGUUCCUGUUGUACCGUAUGUACAUGUCAUCCCAUCUUCAGCUCAAUGACCGACAAUAACAUGGACCAGGUUCAAAUCAAGCUAGAGAGCCUGGAAAAGAACCACAAGGCGAGGUAUGCAAUUGACCUGCAUAAAACAGCUUACCUAUGCUCCGAGGGAGAAACCGUCAUCUUUUCCGUGUACGACAACUCUGAGAAAACUAUCAGCAGACAUGGCUCCUUCACCCUCCAACAAUUUUCGGGAGCAGGCACCGGAACUAGUAUGAGUACUGUCCCUUGGAGAGCCCUUCAAAUGAAGCUGGUAGUCAAAACCGCUUCAAACACUUUCCUGAUGAAGAUGUCUAAUGGUUUGAUUUUCAUCAUCAAUGGAGAUGCGUCGAGCCAUUUGAUAAGCAGCAUUGGUGAAAAGCUUCUCUGUGAAGUAAUGACUCUCCACUACUCUCAGAGACUUGUGGGCUUAUCCAAAGUGCGGUUAAACGGGGACUUUGACUUCACGCUCGUCACCAAAGAAGGAACCAUCCCCAUCCACUCUGUCGUGUUCAAGGCCUCUCUACCCUUUUUUGCUGCAAUGAUCGACGCUAACAUGAUCGAUUCGCGCGAGAAACGGCUUGAAAUCCCAUAUCCACAUGCGUGGGUGGAGGUCAUGGUGUCGUAUUUCUACGGGGAGCCGUUCGAGGCGGAGUUUGAACAAGCUACCGGGUUGCUGGUCCUGGCUGACGUCUAUGAUAUCCCCGAACUGCGACAUCUUGCAGUGUUCAGGAUCAAGACCGAGGAGUUGGACAUGACAAAGUGUCUGACUGGGUGGAGGAACGCGUUUGAAGCACAGAACGAGCAGAUGCGGGAAUAUUUUGCUGCUUUUGCGAGAGACCAGUGGAACGAGUUAGAGCAUGUUGCUGAGCCCUUGUAUGGAAUGCCCAAGCAAGAGGUGGUGGAGUUCAUGUUGGAUGUUUCCAAGGCCAAGAUUGAUAAGCUGGGUCUGAAUGAUUGA